GAGGUGUCGUGCGGGGCCGGCGGUGCGCUGCGUGUACGCCCCGCUGCUGAGAGCGAGUGGCUUACAUGCGGUGCGGGCAGCCGUGUGUCUGCAUGUGGGAAGUACGCAGACCUCUGCCGCCAGCGUAUCGCAAGAACAGCAGCCACAAAAAGAAUAAAGACAGCAAUCACUGCUGACGACGAAGGGGAAAAUCCAGCAGUAAAGCAUUACGCUGGUUAUGGUACCUGGGAAGAUUUUCUUGCAACAGCCGACAAUAAUAGGAAGUGUGAAAACGGCACUGGUAAGACUAGUAGUGGAAUUGAUUGUUGGGCAUGGAAUACAUAUGGGAAGGAAAAUAUUACGUCGCCAGCACCUGCACACGAGAAUAGUGCAAAUGCAAGACUUACGUCCGAGCACCCCGAAACUGUUUCUGAAGUUCUGCGUCCCCCUGUUCCUGGCAAAAGAGAAGGUGCAAUGAUAGAGAAUGAACGUCAACUACCAGGAUCGAAUACGGAAGAAAGAAAAGGAACAGCGGCGAGUGACAGAACAGUCUUACCAACACCAACAGUUACAAACACGCAAAGCCAAACACCGGGGACUACUCCAGGUACACAAGGUGAUCAAGGAGCAUCAGGCAACACAACAGCUAACAGUACACCUGUCACCUCUACUCCCACCCAGCAGUCUCCAGAGAGCGCCAACCAAUCUCAUGAAAAUGGUGAUGUGACUGCAGCAUCAGAUUCACACGAAACCAAUUCCACUACUCCACAGAGCCCCGAGAGCAAUGUCAGUGAAGCAUUAACCACCACUCCAUCUCCUGUUCCUGUACCCAAUUCAGAUAUCAACACAAUUGCUCCCACUGUACUGAAGAAGACUAAUACUGACAGCAGUGUCAGUCCAGUGUGGAUGCGCACUGUAGCACCGCUGUUGAUUGUGGCUGUGUUGUUCUCCGCUACCGUGUACUGA